AUGAUGGGUCUGUCUUUGUUGUCGAAUUUGAACGUUCUUGGUGUGGUCCUACUCGGAUCAAUUGGUCUUUGCAGUGCACACACUGAAAAGCCCUUUCUCCCCAAAGGCCUUGCAUUGGGCUCCCAGCCUACCUACAAAACCAAGCCUUUCACCAGCUUCACUCUUGACUCCAAGAAAAACAACGUCGCAGUCCUCGACUAUGGCCACGAAGUAGGCGGUCAGCCGUUCUUUGACGUGCAGUCACUCAGUGGUCCUGCUCAAAUCGAGGUCAAAUACACCGAGGCCUAUCAUGGUUUGGAAGAGCCUUUCAGCGAUGGUCCUCUACUAUAUGGGAACCAACUGGCGAACAAUUUCCGUAUCGAAACAUUGAAUAUCACAAAGACGGGCCGCUACGAUGUUUUUCUCAUCCAAGGUGGUCAGCGAUGGGAGUCUCUACGACUCUUGACUGAGGGGAGUAUCAAGUUCUCCAACGUCGGAUUUCAUGCUUCUUUUGCGAAUGUCGAUCCGGAUAAGGAACCUGGCUUCUUUGAGUGCAGUGAUAAGCGACUCAACGAAAUCUGGAAAGCUGGUGUGCGCGUCCAGUCUUUGCGCCCCAUCCAGAGUGAGAAGUCACCUGUUGUUGGGAACCACACUGUGGAGUUCGAGGCCAAGAUUGUGAGGGGUGGUUUCUGGUAUGGAGUUGCCUGGGAGAUUGGUAAAGGUGGUGGAAUCGGCCUUCAAAUCACGGGAGACCUGCCAAAGGCGACGACGUUCAAGAACCACAACUACACGCUCUCCCCUCGAAACACUCUUCAAGUUACUUCAGGCUGGGGCCAAGUCAACCAGACUACCUUGCCUACUUAUCUUCUGAAGACAUUUGACCUUCCAUUUCCCAUCCAAGAGAACAAGUGGUACAAGAUCCAAACUACCCUCAAGAACGGCUAUCUCAGUGCUUCUAUCGACGGAGCCAAGAUCUUCAACAUGUCUCUGACCUCCUACCGCGUCUUGUUUAGAGGUCAGAUGAAGCCUAUCACGCUCACUGGUCGCUUUGGUCUUGGCGCGUACCAGGACCAGACAGCUUACUACCGCAAUGUCAAAGUUCACGAUGAUGAUCUUGGCGCGCUGGUGUAUGAGAGCAGUCUCACCUCUGAUGGUAUCCUGGACGAGUACGGUGUCAGAGAGAACAUCUUUGCGGCGUGUCUUGAUGGACCAAAACGUGAUCGCCUUAUUUGGCUCGGGGACUAUUAUCACACCUCUCGUAUCAUAGGCGUCAGCACAUCACGCUUCGAUCUCCAGAGAGGCACUUUCGAGUCCCUUAUCCCAACGCAGAAUGAGGAUGGACUAUUCAGUAUGAGUGCACCACUCGGAUACCAAGCCAAUAUCACAGUAUUCGCUGAUAACUAUGGGCUGGAAGACUAUCAACUUCUCGGACUCUUGUCGCUGUACUACUACGUACAGUCUAGCAACGAUCUGGACCUUCUCAAGCAGGAGUGGAAGUACUUUGAGCGUGUGGUUGACUGGUCUGUUAGCACUAUCAACAAGACUGAUGGGCUCGUCCAUCUCAACGGUGCUUUUACUGGCCCUGCCGAGUCUGGGUCUGCAGUCUCCUGCAUGACUGUCCAGGCUCUCCAUUCCAUGGCUGAACUCGCGAGUGCGAUUGGAAAGAAAAGUUCGGCCAAGAAGUGGAAAGAUGCUGGUGAUAAGCUUACUGAAGCUAUUCGCAAGUCACUCUGGAAUGACAAACUUGGUGUUUGGAAGCUUUCUACCGCAAACGAAACCGACUUUUCAGUUACGGGUAUCUCAUUCUGCACCACAAGCAAGGUCGCUACCCGUACUCAAGCCACACGCUCUUUCAAGGCCCUGGAAAAGCUAGCUCUCGGUCCAGGAUACAUGGAUAAUACUCGAACAGACCCAGAUGCGCCGACUGCUAGCAUCAGCCCCAACACCAACGGCUUUCUUCUCCCAGCGCUCUUCGAAUAUGGUGCUGACACGAAAGGAGCCAAGCUCAUCGACACACUCUGGGGUCCCAUGGUUGACGACAUCAAAACCUCCACGGGCGCAAGUUGGGAGUAUGUUCUUCACGACGGUAGUCCUGGCUUGGGUCUGUUCACAUCCCUUGGUCAUCCAUGGGGUGGCGCAGCUACGUAUGUUCUCACUGAGUGGGUAGCAGGACUUCGACCUGCACAGGGUAUCGAUGGAAGAACAUGGAGGUGA